GACCAAAUCUCCCGCGCCUUCCAGGCCGCACCCGAGAGCCAAAAGAGUUCCAUGGCGGCGGCGGCCAAGCCCAAGAACCUUUCCCUGGUGGUGCACGGACCAGGGGACUUGCACCUGGAGAACUAUCCCAUCCCCGAACCAGGCCCAAAUGAGGUGUUGCUGAGGAUGCAUUCUGUUGGAAUCUGUGGCUCAGAUGUCCACUACUGGGAGGAGGGUCGAAUUGGGAAUUUUAUCGUGAAAAAGCCCAUGGUGUUGGGACAUGAAGCUUCAGGAACGGUCGAAAAAGUGGGAUCAUUGGUAAAGCACCUAAAACCAGGUGAUCGUGUUGCCAUCGAGCCUGGUGCUCCCCGAGAAAAUGAUGAAUUUUGCAAGUCAGGCCGAUACAACCUGUCACCUUCCAUCUUCUUCUGUGCCACACCCCAUGACGGAAACCUCUGCCGGUUCUACAAGCACAAUGCAGCCUUUUGUUACAAACUUCCUGACAAUGUCACCUUUGAGGAAGGCGCCCUGAUUGAGCCACUUUCUGUGGGGAUCCACGCCUGCAGGAGAGGUGGAGUUACCCUGGGACACAGGGUCCUUGUGUGUGGAGCUGGGCCAAUCGGGGUGGUCUCUUUGCUCGCGGCCAAGGCAAUGGGAGCAGCUCAAGUAGUGGUGACUGACCUGUCUGCUCCCCGGUUGUCCAAAGCCAAGGAGAUUGGGGCUGAUUUAGUCCUCCAGAUCUCCAAGGAGAGUCCUCAGGAAAUCGCCGGUAAAGUAGAAGGUCUGCUGGGGUACAAGCCGGAAGUCACCAUCGAGUGCACAGGGGCAGAGGCCUCUAUCCAGGCGGGCAUCUACGCCACUCGCUCUGGUGGGACCCUGGUGCUUGUGGGGCUGGGCUCUGAGAUGACCACCAUACCCCUAGUGCAUGCAGCCCUCCAGGAGGUGGAUAUCAAGGACGUGUUUCGAUACUGCAACGCGUGGCCAGUGGCGAUUUCGAUGCUUCCGUCCAAGUCUGUGAGCAUAAAACCCCUUGUCACCCAUAGAUUUCCUCUGGAGAAAGCUCUGGAGGCCUUUGAAACAUUUAAAAAGGGAUUGGGGUUUUAAAUCAUGCUCAAGUGUGAUCCCAAUGACCAGAAUCCCUGA